UGAGGUGCUAUGAGAACUCCCAUCACUACCAGCAGUGAUGGCUUCAGGAAAAGACACUUGUCCUGUCUUACCUAAACUGGCCAACAACUGUUCUGAUGAGAAUUCAGAUAAGCUUGCUUCUAAAAAGUGUAGUGAGAUUCAUUUGCCACGGUUUUCAUUAAAGCAAGGGCUCAUCCCAAGACGUUAUGUUAUGCCUUGGAAAGAAAGCAUGAAAUUCAGGAAUGCAAAUCUGAAGCAUGCAGAAAUGUGUGGGAUCUAUGCUGGCCCUCUGGAAGACUCUCUGUUUCUGAAUCACAGCGAAAGGCUCUGCCACGGGGAGGACCGCGAAGCCGUCUGGAAGAAAGGCCCUCCCGAGAUAAAAAUCACAGAUAUGCCUCUGCAUUCACCUCUCUCCAGAUACCAGAGCACUGUGAUUUCCCAUGGCUUCAGGCGGCGGCUGGUGUGAUGAAGGAAUAAAUGUUUAAGUCCAUCGUA